AUGAACGACCCCGCGAUGGAGCCUCUCAUGGCCGCCGAUGCCGUCGCCCACUCCCGCCGCCGUGCCUCGGCCUCGAAAGCCGCACCUACGGGUCACGACUCUGUUAAGCCCCGGUCAAACGCCAACGAUGCCGGCGCACUCGAUCCAGAUACCUGCCGUAUAUGCAGAGGCGAGGCGACUGCCGAAGAGCCGCUCUUCUACCCAUGCAAAUGCAGUGGCAGCAUCAAGUUUGUCCACCAGGACUGCUUGAUGGAGUGGUUGUCGCAUUCCCAGAAGAAACAUUGCGAGCUUUGCAAGACUCCCUUCCGAUUCACCAAGCUCUACUCGCCGAAGAUGCCCAAGACCCUACCCACCCACGUCUUCGUCGGCCACAUGGCCAAGUACCUCUUCAGAAACGUCCUCGUCUGGCUGCGCGCUGCCUUGGUCAUUAGCGUAUGGCUCUGCUGGCUGCCCUAUCUGAUGCGCUCCGUCUGGGCCUUCCUCUUCUGGGUCAGCGACGAAGGACUGGGUAGCGGCGCUUUGUGGAACAGCUCCAAUGCGACUGUCAGUCGAGGCGUUUCGGUAGCGUUCUCCGUCGCUUCGUCCAACGUCUGCCCGGCAUCGCCUCUCCUGGAACCAACAACGACACCGGCAAACCUGGGUGGCAUGUUGAAGGAUAUGAUUCAGGGCCAGGAGCUUCCCUUCAGCCGCUCUUUCCAUGGCGUCAACAUCACGACAAAUGAUUCCGUCUCAGCCGCCCUCUUGAGAAUGCUGCUGGGCUCAAUCACGUCUUCGGGAUCUGGCAACUCCACCUCAACAACCGGGAGCAGCGAUCCCGUUUUGGACCGUCACCCUUCUCUUCUGAGUGGUGUGUCGUGGUUGCGCAACUUGACCCGGUAUCCGGUGGUAAACCGAACCGUUAUCGGUGUGUUGGAGGGCCAGAUAAUCACUAUUCUGGUCAUCAUCUCCUUCAUCCUUGUCAUCCUGGUUCGCGAUUAUGUGGUGCAACAGCAGCCAGAGAUUAACAUGAGAGCUGCGUUCGCCGCAAAUGACAAUGCUCAUGCCCAGGCCCAGCCACAAGGCGAGCAGGAUCAUCAUCACGACCAUGACCACGACCACGACCACGAGGACGAUCACGAAGACGAUCACUUCAUGUUUGAUGACCCAACAGGAGCACAUGACAGCGACGACGAUGACCUCGAGUCAAUGACGGGAGGGCACUACGGUUCUGAAAAUGACAUGCCUUCCAUGACUUGGGAUGAUCAAGACACAAACGCCGACGUGCAGGCGCCUACUCAGCUGCGACCGCUAGGGAACUUCUUCCCACGCGCCUAUGAUAGUGCCGAAGCCGACUUCGACUUCAACAAACCGCUCGAGCCAACAAACAAGGAUGCGCAAACCCCGGUGGCAACCGUUCAUGAGUACCUCCGAAUCUACCGUCAAGCCGGCGGCGACCCUGAAAAGAUUCUUAAAAUUAUCGAAGAAGAGGACCUCGAUGACACCCUUGGCUAUUGGGCAAGGAUCACGCGGUCCAUGAUGGAUAAGAACAACAGGGAUGCUGGUGCUGGGCAGUUCAAGGGGGGAUCCGGCUCUGAAGGGCCCUCUCAGUCUGGAGAAUCGCAGUCAUUGUCACAACCCGCAAUUCAACUACCUGCGCCGUCUACGCCACAGUUCUCCUGGCCGCCCAAUUCAACAGCUGAGAGCAGCACCAACGGCGACGCCAAAGGAAAAGGCAAGGAGGUUCGGUCCGAAAUUGGCCCGGACUUCACGUUCGGCUCCGGCGGUGAUGGCGCAAGCAGCUCUCGUGCGCCUUCUUUCCAGAGUCCUCUCCGCCCUCGAGCCGUGUCGGACGGCCCGCAGCGUAACGAAAACAUCAACCCUCUUGCCAAUAACAGCUGGUCCUUUUCCAACUUGAACACAGAGUCGCCGGCACAGCCUCAGGAGCCGACCCCCAUUCCCCGUCCUGCGCCACAAUUCCGCCAGUAUGGAUUUGUCGGCAAUGCCACGCCGCCUUUGAGUACUUCCGCCGAGUACGGCUCUGAUAGGGACCCCGGACUCGAACGCGUUCACACUCCUCAAGAGAACGACACCUUGGAUGGUCAUGGCGAUGAGAUGGCCCCACUGGCACCAGACUUCCUUGAAGCUAGGGAAGACAAUGACAUUGUCGCGGAUAUCGUUGACGCCCAUGGUGAGAUCCAGGAGGCCGACAGCGGACGAGCACCUCAACGUCCACCGCUGCAACGUGGUGUCAUGGACCGAGUCGCCGAUUUCAUGUGGGGCGAUAUCGAAGUCCGAGAGAUUGACAUUGGCCGUGAUGGAGACGAAGCUGUCCAUGAGCAUGAUGAUACAAGCGAUGACGACGACGAUUUUGAUGAUUUGGACGACGACGACGAUGAAGUGGAGCAGGAUCGAGAAGUUGUCGAAGCUGCCGUUGCUGCCGGAUUGGAUCCUGAAGCCAUCGACGACGCUGAAGACUUCGAGGGCAUUAUGGAGUUGAUCGGUAUGCGCGGUCCUAUUGCUGGCCUUUUCCAAAACGCCAUCUUCUGUGUCGUCCUCGUCUCUGUCACCAUCUUCGUUUGCGUUUUCCUGCCUUACAACUUGGGCCGAGUCAGCGUAUGGGCCGCCAUGAAUCCCAUGCGUCUUGUGCGCAUGCUUUUCAGCUUGACCAAGUUCAUUCAGGAUCUGGCCGUCGGCAUCAUGGCUGGACUUUCCAGCCUGGUGCUCUUCUUCGUAUACACCUCGGGCCGGAUGAUGGGCUUCCCAGCUGGAAACGGAGUUGGCGUGCUGUCCAUGAAGACUUUCAACCUGUUCACCAGCGCCUCUAGCCGAGUUCUCGAAAGUCUCACCAGUGAACUACCGAUAAUCUCCACUACCGAAAUGCAAAACUUCUCCGCCAUCAGCCACGAGGCUUUGCUCAACUUCAAGACCUACCUGUCCGGCACUUUCGUUUCCGUUGGCGACGUUCUCAACUCUAUCUUUGACCGCGAUCUCAUUACCAAUGGCAAGUACGUUGCAUCGUUGACGGCCAACGCGACAGCUUACGCCUGGACCGCCGCCCGAGACGUCCCUAUCAGCGUGCUCAACCCAGGUUCAUGGGUCAUCAGCUUCAAUGUGCCCGAGCCCACGACAUCUGUCAACCCUGCGUUGUCCUACUGGUCAGGAACGGACCGCUUCUGGGCCAUUCUUUGCGGCUACUUCACCUUCUCGGCCAUCAGCGCCUUGUACCUGCGCAGAGGCAGGCCGUUUUCCACUGGACAAACUGGCCAAGAGUGGGAGGCUUCAUUGAUCGAUCUGUUGAACCAGGCUAGCGGCGUUAUGAAAGUCAUCCUAAUCAUCAGCAUCGAGAUGUUGAUCUUCCCCUUGUACUGCGGUCUCCUCCUGGACGCCGCCUUACUUCCGUUGUUCGAGGAUACUACUCUGAAGUCGCGCGUUGCGUUCACCAUCAACUAUCCGCUGACAUCGAUAUUCGUGCAUUGGUUUGUCGGCACGGGUUACAUGUUCCACUUUGCGCUCUUCGUCUCCAUGUGCCGCAAGAUCAUGCGCAAAGGUGUUCUAUACUUCAUCCGCGACCCGGACGACCCUGAGUUCCACCCUGUGCGCGACGUACUGGAGCGCAACGUCAUGACACAACUGCGGAAGAUACUUUUUUCGGCUUUUGUCUACGGCGCCCUGGUCAUCAUCUGCCUCGGUGGAGUCGUUUGGGGUCUCUCUCUCACGCUUCCCAGUGUCCUGCCAAUUCACUACUCAUCCAACGAACCGGUGCUGGAGUUCCCAAUCGAUCUCCUUUUCUACAACUUUGCGAUGCCUUUGGCUGUAAAGUUCUUCAAGCCGAGCGACGGUCUGCACGCCAUGUAUACCUGGUGGUUCCGCAAGUGUGCUAGAGGACUUCGAUUGACUUGGUUUUUGUUCGGCGAACGACGCAUCGACGAGGAGGGCAUCCUAGCCCUGCAACCCGGUUCCGAGUAUGAAGCUUCGCCGUGGUGGAGGCGGUUGUUCCUUGAGGUCAACAAGCAGAAUAAGGUGGUACCAAAGACGUGGGAGGACACUUUCGAAGGCGGUACAGCCAAGCCGAUGCCUGCAAUUACGAAUGACCAAAUGGUCAUCCUGAGUCUCAAGAAGGCCCGCCUCGUAGAUUCGGGGCAGCUCAUCGAGGAUGGCUGCUUUGUGCGCACGCCUGCCUCUGACCAGGUUAAAAUUCCCAAGGGGAGGAGGGUAUUUAUGCCAAUCACGGAAGGCAACACUCGCUUGGAUGGCAAAGACGACUCUCCCGACACGGAUCUUUACUCGACCGACCAGUACCAACCUGUCUACAUUCCUCCACACUUCCGAGUACGAGUCUUCCUUUUCAUCAUGUUCAUCUGGAUUUUCGCUGCUGUCACUGGCGUAUCCUUCACCAUUGUGCCGCUUGCGUUCGGUCGCAAGAUGUUCAAGGUUCUCAUCCCUGCGCACAUCCGGACCAACGACAUUUAUGCUUUUAGCAUCGGGAUUUACAUCUUGGGUUCCGCAGCCUAUUUCCUCUUCCACGCCCGUUCCAUCUACAGGAAGAUAGCGGCUUGGGCCUCGUCAGCGUUGCAAACGAUUUGGCAUAGCGAUGCACCGAUGCGUUUCGCGCUUGUUGGCAUUCAGGCCGCCAGGCUUGUCUACGCAUACACCAUCCUUCUGGUCAUUUUCCCCUUGAUUUUAACCGCUCUCAUGGAGCUGUACUGUCUCAUUCCUCUCCAUACCUACAUGUACCCGCCGACGCCGUACAUCAUUGAGGCCAACAGCGGUGGCCAGUUCAAGGACGGUAUCGUCGUACCGAAUCAGCACACUGCGCGAGUCAUUCAGUCCUGGACUCUUGGCUUGCUGUAUGUGAAACUAGGUGCGCGAGCCAUCACCAGCUUAUACGAAGGCACUCGAAUGGCCCAGGCCGUCCGAGCCGUCCUCCGCCGUGGCUGGCUCCAGCCUGACGUACUCGUUCUCACUAGGGCCUUCGUUGUCCCUGGUCUGCUCGUUGGUGGCCUGGCGAUCUUCGGGCCUCCCUAUGCCAUCAGCUGGAUGGAAUCGCAUGGCGUUCUCGGUACGCCUGUUCCGGCACCUCACGAGCUGAAGAUGAUAUACCGACUGUCAUACCCGGCCGCGGCUUUCAGCGCCCUGGCCGCGAUGGCCUUCUGGAGCAUCGUCGGCGUCUUCAACAACUGGAAGGCGCGCAUCAGAGACGAAGCCUACCUUAUUGGGGAGAGGCUGCAUAACUUUGGUGUUGGAGCAGCCGGCGUGGCGGGAGCUCGUGGGCCUUGGAGAGUCAGGGGCAGGUUGUAA